AUGGAAGCGAUACUAGUAGAUUGCGUGCAGAGGAGUCUCCGGCAUUUUAUGCACACCAACGCCAUCUUCCUCUGCCAUCGUCUCUGCGCUGAGUUCCCCACAGAGAAAAAUCUCCAAUUGUUGGCUGGUUGUUACUUGCAGAAUAAUCAACCUUAUUCUGCAUAUCACAUAUUAAAGGGAGCGCAAAUCGCUCAAUCCCGGUACUUGUUUGCAAUAUCAUGCUUUCAAAUGGAUCUUCUUAGUGAAGCUGAAGCAGCAUUAUGUCCUGCUAAUGAGCCCAGUGUGGAGGUUCCAAACGGGGCAGCUGGUCAUCAUCUAUACACUGACAGAAGGAAAAGUGCUAUACAUCAUUUUAAGCAGGCACUAUCAAUGGAUCCUCUAAUGUGGGCUGCAUAUGAGGAGUUGUGCGUAUUAGGUGCUGCUGAAGAUGCAACUGUAGUUUUUGGUGAAUCAGCUGCUCUUUGUAUACAAAAACAAUACCUACACUGCUCAAUCACUUCUAAGUUGCAGUCAUCAGCUGAGGAUUGUAAUGUAUUUGACACCAGACACACUGUCUCAGAAGAAACAAGUCCUAGGCAACUGAAACUUAUGCAGGGCCUGAAGGAUAUUCCUGGAAAUCAUCAUGGAGCAUCUAUUUUAGGAGGAACUUCUCAACCAAUUAAUAGUGGUCUGUCUAACAUAUCAUUUUAUAAUACCCCAUCUCCAAUGGCAACACAGUUGUCAGGUGUUGUUCCACCCCCUUUGUGUAGAAAUGUGCAGCCCAAUGGCCAAAAUCUGAGCUCACUUAACACUGACAGUUCUCCUAAGUCAACUGUGAACUCUACCAUUCAAGCCCCUCGGAGAAAGUUUGUGGAUGAAGGAAAAUUACGUAAGAUUUCUGGAAGAUUGUUCUCUGAUUCUGGUCCUCGACGUAGUUCAAGACUAUCCAGUGAUGCAAGUUUAAAUGCAAAUGCAAAUGUUGUAUCUGGAAAUGGAACUAGUAACUCUUCUAAGUAUCUUGGAGGGUCAAAGCUUAGCACCAUGGCGUUUCGUUCCAUGACGGUUCGUAAAGGGCAGUCAUGGGCCAAUGAAAAUGCUGAUGAAGGGAUUCGUAAUGAUGUUGUAGAUGAUUCUCGUUUAAAUGUUACAUCAACAACUUCUAGUUCUACUCCUACCAUGGAUGCUAAAUCUUAUGAACAAGAAACAGCAAAUUUUCCAAUUGGUGGACAAACAGUGAGUGGUUCAAAAGUCAUCUCUGGUGCUUCAGAAAUACUGACCCUUCUAAGAAUUUUUGGCGAAGGCUGUAGACUUACCUAUCUGUACAGUUGUCAGGUUGGAAAAGUGUACUUUGAAUUGGUUGAUUACUUAGAAGCUGAUCAUACCUUUGGCCUUGCCCGUCAGAUUAUGCCUUAUUGUUUGGAAGGAAUGGAUGUAUAUUCAACAGUUCUUUAUCACCUAAAGGAGGAUAUGAAGUUGAGUUAUUUGGCUCAGGAACUGAUAUCAACUGAUCGUUUAGCUCCUCAGUCUUGGUGUGCAAUGGGUAAUUGCUACAGCCUGCAAAAGGAUCAUGAAACUGCACUAAAGAAUUUUCGGCGAGCUGUUCAACUGAAUCCCAGAUUUUCAUAUGCACACACCCUUUGUGGACACGAGUAUGUUGCACUAGAAGAUUUUGAGAAUGGAAUCAAAUGCUACCAGAGUGCGCUCAGGGUUGAUGCAAGGCAUUAUAAUGCUUGGUAUGGACUCGGAAUGGUAUAUCUACGCCAAGAAAAAUUUGAGUUCUCUGAACAUCAUUUUCGAAUGGCUUUCCAAAUCAAUCAACGUUCAUCCGUAAUAAUGUCAUACCUUGGCACCGCUUUACAUGCUUUGAAGAGAAGCGAGGAAGCACUGAUGGUAAUGGAGAAGGCUAUUUUAGCGGAUAAAAAGAAUCCCCUUCCAAUGUAUCAGAAGGCCAAUAUACUCGUGAGCUUGGAAAAGUUUGAGGAGGCACUGGAAGUCCUAGAGGAGCUUAAAGAGUAUGCCCCCCGUGAAAGUAGUGUCUAUGCUUUGAUGGGCAGGAUCUAUAAAAGGCGUAACAUGCACGAGAGAGCGAUGUUCCAUUACGGUAUUUCGUUGGACUUGAAACCAUCUGCAACAGAUGCUGCUUCUAUCAAGGCUGCCAUCGAGAAAUUGCAUGUACCAGAUGAGAUGGAAGACAACUUGUAG